AUGGCGGACGACGCGAAGAGCCGCAAGAAGCAGUGGCGGACGCCAGGCGAAGCGCCUCCGCGGGCCCGCUCUCGCGGCAAGACAUCUCAGGACGCUACAGAUCCGACGCCACCACGGGCACGGCCGACGCAGUCAAACCCGAAGGAACGCACUCCUCGCACCACAGCAGUGAACCUCGCGCCAGCGCUGCUGGAGCAGCAGCUUCAAGUACUUCUUACGAGCCACCGCUUCGAAGAGGCCGCGAGUUGGAUCCAGAGCUCGGCAUACUUGUCGGAAAAGUACCAACUCGCGGAUGUAGUGCGCCUCGUGCUUGACCAGCGCCAAUUCGACCUCGCGGGGCGGCUCAUUCGCAACCUCAAGCUGGGCGAGAACCAAGCACUUGUCACGCUCUUUAUCAAGGAUCUUGUUCGCAGUGGCCAAUUCAAUCUCGCCGUGCGCUACGCCCAAGAGCUUGUCCCGGCGUUCAAUUCGCCCGAGAGCCCUGCACCUCGCGCAUCUUGGACACCGCAGACGCUUAUCCAAGCCAUGAUUCGCGCCCAGCAGUACAAGGCGGCGCUAAAGUAUACGAAACAGUUCCAGCUGGAACGUGUGUUUCCGCCCAAGCAGCUCAUCGCGGGAUUGAUGGAAGAGCGUGCGUGGACAGAUGCGUCUGCCGCGAUCACUGAAUGCAAACUGCAAGACGAGUUCUCUCUGGACAAGCUCGUCGACCGCAUGAUGAACGAGCAGCAGUGGGCCGCCGCGCUCAAAUGUAUCAAGGGUCGUCCCUCGGCGUUCACGACGCGUAUGCUCGUCGAGCGCAUGAUCCUCUGCGGCGAUUUCCUCCCUGCCAUCGCGGCCAUCAAAGACUUCGGUCUCGGCGCGGACUUGCCUCUUCUCCGGCAAAUGCUCGAUUCGAUGCUGUCGUUCAAGGAGCUCUACAAAGCGCUCAAGUACGCAUCCAAGUUCGGCCUCGACGCGGACGCAGCAUACGCACCCCAAUCGCUCAUUCGCGUCGCGCUUGGCGAGAAGCAGCAUCACAUUGCUCAGCUGUACAUCAAGAAGUACAAGCUCGAGCAUGAGUUUGCCGCUGAACUUGCCGCGAUGGAGUCGGAGAAGCUCGACAAGCUCUUGGCAUUUCGCGUGCUAAUGCAGCGUAAGCGCCAUCGUCUUUGUCGUCCCGAGUACCAAGCCCAGUACCGCCUUUGCCUUGGCGACCUCUACGAUCACGACGAGCACAAGGAAGAAGAAAUCGUCUCGAUCGAGGAAACAACCGUGCCCCGCACGGCGCGACACCCGCUUCUUGUAGAAGAUGGCUUGGACGACGACGACGACGACGACGAGAUCUUGCUUCAGAAGCCGCCCAUCUUCAACACGGACGACGACGACGACGGUGACGACGUGCCGCAUACGUUCCUUUUCAACAAGCCCAAGGCCUCUUCGUUUCUCUCGAGCCUGCACUCGUCGACAUCGAUGGAUGUGCCGUCCUUCUCGGAUUCGUUCCGCCUCGACGCGCUUAACGUGGCUCCGAUGGACCGCUCGUUCCAACUUGACCGCCCGUUUGACCUUGCCGCUUUUGCCAAGACGGUUGAAGCACCACCACUACCGCCGUCGAUGCCGCCUCCGCUUCCGAAGACGAUGCCGCCAGCUCCUAUGCCGUACCCACCUCCACCGCCGCCUUCGUCCUCGUACCAGCCGCCGCCACCGCCACUGCCGACGACAACGUCGUACCAACCGCCGUUGCCGCCUCCAGCUUUCUCCAUGCAGCAAUUCUUUCCGCAGCCGCCACCGCCACCGCAAUCGAACCCGGCCUUCAACGUGGCGUCUCUUGCGAUGCAAUUCCACGGGCAGCCGCCACUGCCGACGCCGCCGCCGAUGAUGGCACCUCCACUCCCGGCCUCGUUUGCGCCACCGCAGCGCUCAUCGUUCGUGCCCAGCAUUAGCCUCAAGUCAGACGCGGACGCUCCCCGCGCACCGCCAACACGCCGUACGAUGCUCACUCAGCUCCAGCUCAAGGGUCACCAUUAG